CAAAACAAUUCUGUCAAACCUACAAACAAAACUGGCGCCUUAAAUUAAAUAAAAUCAACAAAAUACAUCUUGUAAUCUUGAAUUUUAGCCGUAUCUUGACAACAUUUUAAAUUCACAAGACACAAAAAUACUAAUAAACUGUAUACUACUUAGGAUUAUUUUUAGCAACAAGAAAUGUACAUAACCUAUAACUUUUCGUUGUAAUAAUGUACGGUGAAGAAAAAGAUUUGCAGGGAAAAAGUGUAAUAAUAGUUAUAUAUGCCAACAGUAGAUAUUUCUUCAAUAAAACAAAAAGGAUAAAACAAUGGUAGUUUACACUCAAGAUGAGAAUCAUAAGGAAAAAUGUAAAAACAAUGUAUUAUUAGAUAUGUACAAUGAUUCAAGAGAAAUAUUGCGUAUCAUAGAUUCAAAUUUUAUAUAUCAAAAUCUCAUAACGCGCAAUGAACAUUUGGACUUGUACAAUGAGAAACCACUCAUACAAGAUGUUGAGUCGAAGAACAAAAUUGAUUCGAUAAAAAUUCCUACCACACCUAAACAAAAACCAAACGAUCAAGGAAUGAAUUGGAAUGAAUAUCAAAACCUGGACGUUAUCUACGCAUGGAUGGAGGGUUUGGAAUAUAAUUAUCCUUCGCUCUGCAGCGUUGUACCUAUCGGAAUAACAACAGAAGGUAGGACGAUGAAAAUAUUGAAGAUUUCCAACAGCGACGUUCAGAACGAACCAGUCUGGAUAGACGCCGGUAUCCACGGCAGGGAGUGGAUAGCGCCCGCUGUCAACACUUUCAUUGCUAAUUACAUUGUGCACAAUUUUAAAAACCUUCCGUCAUGUUUUACUAACAAGGACUGGUAUUUUUUGCCGGUCGCAAAUCCUGACGGAUACGAUUAUUCGCACAAAGUAGAUCGCAUGUGGAGGAAAAAUCGAGCGUCGUACGGCGGUGAAAUAUCCGGCGUUGAUUUAAACAGAAAUUUCAGUUUCGGUUGGGGAGGUAGACACUCUUCAACUGAUCCUUCGAGUGCGUUCUUUAGAGGUAAAGAACCUUUUUCGGAGCCGGAAAGCAGUGCUAUGAAAGACAUUCUCAUGAAUUCCGGGAUCAAGUUUAAAGUGUACGUUACAUUACACAGCUUCGGCCAAGUGAUCGUGUUCCCUUUCGGAUACAGAGAUGAACUUUGUCCGGAUUAUAUGCGACUGCUUCUAGGUGCUACUGCUAUGUCAAAGGCUAUAUUCCGAUCGACUGGCAACGUUUAUAAAGUAGGCAUAUCUAAGGACGUGAUGUACGGCGCUUCGGGUACCAGUACAGAUUGGAGUUAUGGUGCAGCGAAAAUACCUUACUGCUAUUUGAUCGAACUUAGAAGCAAAGAACACAAAUUCGAACUACCUGAAGAAGAAAUUAAAGAGAAUUGUAAAGAAGUUCUGCAUUGUAUUCAUGCAUUGAUGGACUUUGUGGAUAAUAAUCCUGUUAAUAAUGAAAAUACGAAUUUGACCCCAGUGCCAAGUUAGGCUAAAAUCAAGAAGAAAUAACAAAAAAAAAUGUAAAAAGUAGAUAAAACUUUUUACACGCUGUUUUAAAUACGUUUUCAAAAUU